AUGCAAUUAAAUUCAAUCUGCUUAUUCAUUCAAAUAAUUUUUGUCAAUUGUCUGCCGGAUCGCAACAGUUUCUCAUCAGCAAUCGCGCAUUUUCUUUCAGGAGAUGAGCAGCCAAAAUCUGUAACCGCCUCUGUGAUCAAACAAAGAAUUGAAACUGGACGCGUAGUAUUAUUGAUUUGUUCCAAGGUUUGCGCAAAACACAGAUCAGAAAUUCCGCAAUGGAUCAAAGAAUUUAAUCAACGGUAUAAUUAUGAAAUUCCAGAGCAUAUAUCCUAUUAUUACCAUACAUAUAGACAGCCUGUCUCAUUCAUAAAUGAGAGCGAAAUUGUCGAAUUUCCAAAUUUGAUUUACUUUAUUGAACGAAAAACAUAUGUCUUCAAUGGCCAAGUUUCAUCAAAGCGCGAUGUCAAUGAAUGGCUACAAAAUAUGGACAAUGUUCGAAUUAUGACCAUCAAUACAUAUGAUUCUCUAAACAACAUUCUUUCUGGCACAUCGAAUUGCUCAAAUAAAUAUUUAUUACUCGGAAGUAACAAAGAGAAUUGUCCUCAAGAGAGUUGGCCAAUUGUUGCUCGAAUUGCAUUUAAUUACGGAAUUCAACCAAUACGAUUGGAAAUGCCAUUGGAGCCAUUGUCUCAUGUUCUUCUUUUUAAAAGAUUACCAACUGUUAUUCAAACCUCGUGUCAUAUAACGGUUCUUUUAUAUGAAAAUAACUAUUCUGACUUAAAUGAUGAAAUCCUUCCGAUUGUAGUUGCCGACUGGAUUAAGUAUCUUUUACCAGAGGACGAAGGAAAGUGUCCGGCAUUGCUUGAUCCGUAUUGGUUCCCAAUUGGCGAUGAGCUUACAGAGCUGGAGCAGAUUUACUUCACUGCAGAACUAGAAAUCACUGAGAGAAACAAGAGGCCAGCAUUUGUGUUGGUCGGACUCGCCGGAGGAUUGGCUGUAAUUGUUCUGGCUUAUAGCAUUUUCUGGGGUUUGAAUGGCUCUGCUUUCGCAAAAUAA